AUGAAGGUCGGCAUAAAUUUCGCUAGCAUUGUGUUGCUGCGUUUCGCCGUUCUAGUCGUCGCAAGGCCCAACGAUAAACCGGUCCACACAGCAACAUCCACCCACCCAUAUCACUCUUCGCCAACAUUUCCAGUGCCGAGCCCCCCGUACGAAAUGAUCAUAGAGAAAACUCCGGCUUGUGUAUAUUCGCACGGGAUUGCCUAUAUGGACGCUACAACGGAGAACAUUGACCACUUGAGCAAAGUCAGCGAUAUCUCGUGCGAUGUCGAUGCUGGCAAUUGCCAUCGUCUCUCCCAUGCCAACCUAUCCGGUAUAUUUCUUUGCAACUAUAGCCUGGAGCGCAUCUCAACAAACUGUGGAAACCUUGUGCCCCUGGCGACAAAAGUUCAACAAACAUGCCAGGUAGACAACUUUUACACCUUUGGAAUUAUCGGAGGCUCUUCUCGAAACGCGAGUGACUCGAUUGACUUUCACUUGAUAGUUGCGGGCGAAUCCAUGGGAUAUCCUAUGUAG